UUCCCGGAUGUUGGAUGGUGAGAGAAAGACGAACUGGAAAGGCGGAGAAGCCGAGGGACGCCACGGACACACCGGUUAGGGGACAGCGGCCAGAGCCCACCAACAACGGACUGCAGAGACUCUUUAACUGAAAGAAAGGAAACUUUUCCCGCUAUUAAACAGAAGAUAGGGGAGGGGAAUUUAUCUAACUCCACCUGGACUGAUCCCGAACAGCAAGACUGCCAGUUGACACAGCCAGGGUCUAACACCAGGUGGACCGUUCCCGUCACAGCUCGUGGUCUCGUGGUCUGAGGGAGUUCUCUCGCCCCCUCCUCCUCCUCCUGGUCCCCACCCCGUCCUGCCCCCCCCCCCCCACGUCCAGCCGUUGCCAUGACGUCUGAGCUGGAGAGCAGCCUGACGUCAAUGGACUGGCUGCCGCAGCUGAGCAUGCGCGCGGCCAUCCAGAAGGCGGACGCGCAGAGCGGCCACCUGGCCGGCGUGGCGAAGAAGAGUGGUGGCGGCGGCGUGCUGGACCCGCACACCACGCUGGACCAGGACGAGGCGCAGCAGCACAAGGACGGCAAGCCGCCCUACAGCUACGCCUCCCUCAUCACCUUCGCCAUCAACUCCUCGCCAAAGAAGAAGAUGACGCUCAGCGAGAUCUACCAGUGGAUCUGCGACAACUUCCCUUACUACAGAGAGGCCGGCAGUGGCUGGAAGAACUCCAUACGGCACAAUCUCUCCUUGAACAAGUGUUUCCUCAAAGUGCCUCGCUCCAAAGAUGACCCAGGAAAGGGUUCCUACUGGGCCAUAGACACAAACCCAAAAGAGGACGCCCUCCCCACAAGACCCAAGAAGAGGCCACGCUCUGGAGAGAGGGCCUCUACUCCGUACAGUCUGGAACAGGAGUCGUUGGGAAUGGACUGCAUCAUCCCUGGAAGUGCCUCUCCAACGCUGGCAAUCAACACUGUGACUAACAAGGUGGCGCUGUACAACCCAGAGCAGGACGGCAGUGACAGCCCCAGGAGCAGCCUCAACAACAGCCUGUCUGACCAGAGCCUGGCCUCAGUCAACCUCAACAGCUAUACACCGGUGUCCACCCAUGCGGAGGCUGUGUCGCAGGUGUCCCAGCCGUUGCCUCUGCAGCAGGCGCCCCAGCCCCAGUACAGCAUCCCAGAGAGAGACAAGCAGCUGCUCUUCUCCGACUUCGAAGAUCUCAGUGCCUCCUUCCGUAGCCUGUACAAGUCUGUGUUUGAGCAGUCCUUCAGUCAGCAGGGUUUGAUGGGCAUGCCCUCGGAUUCGUCCGCACAGCAGACACACACUUCGUGUUCCUACCAGCACUCCCCAAGCAGCAGCACACACUCCCACACACACACUCACGCCCACACACACUCACACACACACAGCGGCCAGAACAACACCACCAACUCCCACCCCAACUCCAUCCCCACCAGCGGAAGCCAAAUGCCCCUGUCCCAUUCUCCCCAUCCUGCCCAUGGGUCCCCUCACACACACACACACCCGCAGCACCUGCCCCCCCACGCCCAGCACGGCGGGCACGCCACACACACACAGCACACGCAGCACACACAGCACAGCCAGCACACACACACCCCGCACACACACGCACACACACACGCACACACUGCACUCUCGGCCCAACAUGGGCAGCAGCACCAGCAGCAGCUGGUCCAUCAGAGCCACGCCACGCAACAGCAGAUGCCCUGCAGCAACGCUGGACUCCUCAGUGACUGGUACCCCAGUCUGGAUGCUCUGAAGGAGAGCUGUCGCAUCGCCAGCAGCUACAACUGGGCCGAUGUGGACCUGUCACCCUUCCAAGGUCUGAAGGAGAGCAUGCGCCAAGCGGAGCUGAAUAACUGGUCUCUGGAGCCGACCCAGAUUGCUGACCUCUGCUCCUCCAUCAACCAGUUCUUCACCCGCACCGGCGUCAUCCCACCACAGGGGGCAGUGCCGCCAGCAGUCUGCCACGGAGCCAUGCACCCCAACAAACCCAGCCAGCACAUCAACACAGGAAACAUGUACAUGGACAGCAGACAGACCAUGUCCUCCAUGAUGGGGCCUCCCGGCUAUCCCCACAUGCCCCCCAUGAGCAGCGCGGGGCCCACCAUGACCCCCCACGGUCAUCUUCCCCAGAUGAAUCAGCAGCACAUGAUGCCUCCUGGAAACUUCCAGAUGCGGCAGAUGCCAGCCGACGACAUCCAGGACGACUUUGACUGGGAUUCCAUCGUCUAAACUCUCCUCUUACUCUCUCUCACACACACACACACACACACACACACACACACACACACACACACACACACAGCCCAGCGGAGCAGCCCAGGAGAGAUGACUGAUCUGCUGCCAGAGUGGGAAGACAACACAGGAUGGACAGACAGAAUGAUAGAUGGAUAGAUGGAUGAACUGAAGGGCUGGUUGGGACUUCUCCCCCCAAAAAAGAAAGAAAAAAAGAAAAGGUGAAAUGCACCAACGGAGAGAAAGAACAGGAACUAGUGACUUGACUAUCCCGGGGUUUUUAUGAGAAAACAGAACUGAAAAAAAAAAAAUGAUGUUCCUUUGAAGACAAUCACAUUUACUAGCGGUUUGUUUAAGUGAUGACUAUGUCCUCCGUGGUCCGUCCUACAGCCUCCGCCCCCCAAACACCCGCCUCUUGUGUGCAGCUGUGCCCCAACCCCCCCCGCCCGCCUGGUGCUUCUUUCUCUCUCUCUCUCUCUGUCUCUCACACACACACACACACACUCCGCAUCGUCCCUCUUCCUGUCUCUUAUCUCUCUCCCCACACACACACACACACACUCCACAUCGUCCCUCUUCCUGUCUCUGCCUCCGCAGCCUCUCCCUCUGACUCACUCUCACACACCCUCAGCCAGGUGACAUCUCCACAAACACACACACAUUCAAACACACUCAUACAUGCACACAUACACACUCAUUCACUCUCUCUGUCUCAUAAGGUCUGUCUGAUGUCAAUCAGGAUUGCCAUGGGCAUGUAUAAUUAGACAUUAUGGGUUGGUGUGUGUGUGAGUGUGAGCGGCACCAAGGUCUGCAAUGGUAAUCUGGAUGUAGCCAAACUCUUCUCCCCUUUGCCCCUCCUGGGGGUAUCCCCCUGCCCAAUGCCCCCCCUGUGGGGUAUCCCCCUGCCCUCUGCCCCUCCUGUGGGGUAUCCCCCUGCCCAAUGCCCCCCCCCCUGCCCUCUGCCCCUCCAACCUGACCCAAACCUUUCCAGAUCAAGACUGGCCUGUAAAGCAAUCAUCAUGAUCAGUAUUUGUGCCGUUCGCAAUCAGUUCUGCCCUGCAGACAUGUAGUGUGUGUGUGUGUGUGUGUGAGUGAGAGAGGGAGAGAGUGUGAUAUUAUGCAUGUAAUGUUUGUACACCAUACUGGAGUAAUGAUCAGAGUUGUCCCGUGAUGAGCACAAAGCAAUUUCACAGGGUUCCAAGGUGUGUGUGUGUGUGUGUGUGUGUGUGUGUGUGUGUGUGUGUGUGUGUGUGUGUGUUUCAUAUAGUAUGAUUUGCACAGGGGCAGGUUUGUGCUAAUGGGCCAGAGACAAUCAGAAGGUCUUUGUUGUGUUUGGGUUACUAUGGUGAUCUGGACAGUCAGACUCUAAUCAUGCACAUCUCAAACUGGCAGGGUCACACACACACACACACUCCUGAUCUGUUGUGUCACAGUCAUCCUGGUGGGCAGUGCACUGUGGUUUCCUGACAAUGUGCCCAGAACUAAUCAUGAUACCCAUCUAAGAGUUCCCUUGUGCUGAUGACGUGUUAAUGUGUGUGUGAGACUGAGAGUGUGUGUGUGUGUGCAGGUUUUCAGAGACGUUAGUGCCAAAUGUAGAGCAGGGGUGUCAAACAAGGUCUGGGGGCCAGAUCAGCCCGCCAGUAGGUUUAAUACGCACCCCCAGAUCAGCCCGCCAGCAGGUUUAAUACGCACCCCCAGAUCAGCAGGUUUAAUACGCACCCCCAGAUCAGCCCGCCAGCAGGUUUAAUACGCACCCCCAGAUCAGCCCGCCAGCAGGUUUAAUACGCACCCCCAGAUCAGCAGGUUUAAUACGCACCCCCAGAUCAGCAGGUUUAAUGCGCACCCCCAGAUCAGCCCGCCAGUAGGUUUAAUACGCACCCCCAGAUUAGCCCGCCAGCAGGUUUAAUACGCACCCCCAGAUCAGCCCGCCAGCAGGUUUAAUACGCACCCCCAGAUCAGCAGGUUUAAUACGCACCCCCAGAUCAGCCCGCCAGCAGGUUUAAUACGCACCCCCAGAUCAGCAGGUUUAAUACGCACCCCCAGAUCAGCCCGCCAGCAGGUUUCCUGAUGGUUUGUGUAGGAAGGGAAAUUAGAAAGAAAAGAUAUUCGCGUCCAGUUGUCUUCAACAAUUUGUAAUUAGCCAUUUCUGUGAUAAAUCGAUUAAACCAAACAAACUACAAAAGCUACAAACUACAAAGCAUCCUCAGGAAGGAAGAGGCCAACACCUGACAUGGAAGUGUUCGCAGGGCAGGAUAGACCGCAGUAGAUGAUCUGUAAGCUACUAGUUUACGGCAGGCUUGUGCAAAACCUGACAUUGAAGUGUUCGCAGGGCAGGAUAGACAGCAGUAGAUGAUCUGUAAGCUACUAGUUUGCGGCAGGCUUGUGCAAAAUUCCAGAAUUGAAUUGAAACUGGCUCUUAAAUUCCAAUUCAAUUCUUGAAUUUCACUUGCAUUUCAAUAGAGGUAGCAAACAGGAAGCAGAAUUGUGCACAACCCUGGUUUGCGGGUGAGUAGAGGAUCAUCAAACACAACUCUGAUGCCCAUGCAGAAAAAUGAUCAUGAAAAUGACAAUGACCACAACCCCCCACGAGGUCUCAUUCCAACAAAUCCGGCCCGCUGCCUAGUAGGAGCUGACACCCCUGAUGUAGAGUGUUGAAAUCAGGAGAUGCAAGUUUAUGGUGCAUCUGAUUUGUACUAGUAAAUCAUUUUCCUAACAAUUGCUAACAAACUGUAGCAUCUGGAAAUGCAUUCAACUUGGUAUGUACUUAGAUGUGACGUCAUUUCCUGUCACCAGUUACCACUUAUGAGACAAAUGGAAUGUGUGAACUGCCCUCCCUGUCACCAGUUACCACUUACGAGACAAAUGGAACGUGUGAACUGCCCUCCCUGCUGUUGCGUUGCAGUGUGGAGGUAGUCACUCCUGGCCGGCUCUGCGUUGGCCGGCUCUGCGUUGGCGUGGUCGGCCGGCUCUGCGUUGGCGUGGUGGGCCGGCUCUGCGUUGGCGUGGGCCGGCUCUUCGUGCCCACGGGGAGUGACUGCCAGGCUGAGGUAGGAGAGUAGCUGUGUCCGAAACAGAAGGCAGCUGUCUAACGAGUCACUUGCCGUAGCGGGCAUCAGGGUACCAGUUGUAAACUUUGUUUCGGACGGCCUAGCAAGAUAGCAACACAGAAUGCUGUUGCCGUGACACCCGAAAGCAGAAUAACGUAACGUUUCACUGCACAGCUCUUGGCAUCUCUCAGCUGUUGCUAGUUACCAACAGCUGCUCAUAAUUAGAUAACAUUUUGGACGUUGAAAGCAACAUGAAAUUCGUCACAACGAAGGUAUCUUAGAAGGCAGCAUUUUAUACCAAUAUGUGAUUCGGACACGACUCGAUGCCUUGUC